AUGAAUAUUAACAUCGGCGCUUUUGUCCGCAGAGAUCGCAGCAGGGUGGCGGCGUCCAAGUAUGGUGGCGGCGGGGUCUCUGUCGGGUCCGGCGUGGCGGUGAGGCGCGGCAUGAAGUGCGCGGGGGACGAGCUGCUGCUGGGCACGUGCUGGCUCGACCCCAAGGACGCGCCCUCCCCGCCCUGCCACGAGCUGCUCGACUCGCUGCUGUCGCCCCCGCCGCUCGCCGAGCUCAAGCCGCUCCCGCCCUUCACCGGCUACACGGGCCACCUCUCCAUCAACGGCAUCUCCGGCCACCACUUCCACGCCAUCGCGCAGCGCCUUCCCGAAGAGAACAACAACUACCCGACGCAGAGCGGCUACGGCACCGACCACGACGUCGUCUCCUCCUCGACCUGCGCCGCCGACUCCGAGCCGCCCGACCUGGAGGACGUCAAACCCUUCCCUUUAGAUUCUGACACGAAACCCUUCCCCGAAUCCUCCGUGCCGGCCGACUCCUGCGCUAAAUCAUGCUCACCGCCCACUAAACUAUUCGACGACAACAACAAACAAGACAUGUACCCAUGCGAUAUAAGUUCUAUAGAAGAUAUAGCUGCGAUAAUCGGUUCGGCGAUAGCUGAUACGACUGUCCCAUCGCAACCUGAAGACCCAGAAAAGAAUGAUUCAAGAGAUAGCUGGAUGGAUAUAGACGCUUGGAUAGCAGGCGCUUACAGUCAGCAUGGGGACAAAAUAGUGCCGCAGGACUUAUCCGAAUUCGGUCUACCAGGCUCACCGCCUCCAUCGCAAUCCAGUCAUCAAUCCAGUAUAGACUUUCCUUGCAAACCGAGCCAAGAGUUCAUCAAAAGUCAGGAGUUCCUUCAAAAAAAUUUAGGGCAAGCCGGGUCGACGCUGCAGUCUUUACUAACGCAGAGUUACAUGCCCUUGCUUCAGAAUAGAUUACAGAAUGGACCCCCGGUUAAACAAGAAGCCCCGAGUUCGACUAGUUACGGUAUGGACGUGAUCUCGACAUCCUCUCCUCCCGGUAAUGCGGUGUCUACAACGGACGGCGUAGGUAGUUUACUCAACGGACGGUAUGCGUCACAUUACGCGCUUGGCUUAAAACCUGACGGGCUAUGUAGUCCAGACAGAUUACUCGGUUAUCCACACGCUCAUACAACGACAAUCACUCCCUCCAACAAGAGUAAACGAAGUAGAACGAAGGCGAAACAACAAAGUAACGGACUUCAUGGAAGCUCUUUAGCGUUUGCGUCGGCGACGUCAGCGGAAUUGAGCGGAUUACUCGGGAAGGAGAAGCCUGUUCAUCGGUGUGGGAUCUGCAAUAGAGGGUUCCUGAAUAAGUCUAAUAUAAAGGUGCAUCUUCGCACGCACACAGGAGAGAAACCUUUCAGAUGCGACGUGUGCGCGAAGGCCUUCAGACAGAAGGCGCAUCUCAUUAAGCAUCAGCAAAUCCACAAACGGAUCGGGCGGGACUAGGGAGCUAACACCCCUACAUCGCUAGCUCAAAUGAAGCAUUUCUAUAGUUCGUAGUUGUGUGC